AGACUGAAAGAGGGAGAGAGAGCGCGAGGGAGGAGGUGGCGCGCAUGUCCAGUUGCUCCAUGCAGUCUGCUCUCCAAGCUCGCCAAUCUUGCAACGACUUUCACCACUCCUUCUGCCCGCCUCUGUCUAUCCAUGUGCAUCGGACACACAGCUCUCCCCUGAGCGGACCGUGCAUGCAGGAGGGGGGAGAACCGCUGAAAGCCCACCAUGGAAUAGGAAUACUAUCCAGGACAAAACGUACAGUACACGGAGAAAACCUUCCUUUUUUUUUUUUUUGAUGCCGUCUUCCCCCCCUCCCCCUUCCUCCCUGUCAAUGUAUCGCAACACUUUUUGAAGGAACCCAAGUGAAGAAACAUGAGGAUUAAUAUUUUCUCUUGGCACUUUCUGGGCUUGUGUUCUGUCUGGUGGGGGCUGUCGACGGGAGCGUUCCCCAGCUCAGUGCAGAUUGGCGGCUUGUUCAUUAGGAAUACUGAUCAAGAGUACACAGCGUUUCGACUAGCUAUCUUCCUUCACAACACCAGCCCGAAUGCUACGGAAGCCCCCUUCAACCUGGUCCCACAUGUCGACAAUAUAGAGACAGCCAACAGUUUUGCAGUCACCAAUGCAUUCUGUUCCCAGUAUUCAAGGGGAGUCUUCGCCAUAUUCGGCCUUUAUGAUAAACGCUCAGUCAACACGCUGACGUCAUUCUGCGGGGCCCUGCACAUCAGCCUGAUAACACCCAGCUUCCCCACCGAAGGAGAGGCCCAGUUCACCCUGCAGCUGCGGCCAUCCAUCAGAGGGGCUUUGCUGUCCCUUUUGGACCACUAUGACUGGAGCCGAUUUGUCUUUCUCUAUGAUACGGAUAGAGGCUAUGCGAUUCUGCAGGCAAUCAUGGAGAGAGCGGGGCAAAACGGCUGGCAGGUGAGUGCGAUUUGUGUGGAGAGUUUCAACGAGGCUGGAUAUCGCCGACUUUUAGAAGACCUGGACCGACGACAAGAGAGGAAGUUUGUCAUUGACCUGGAGCCAGAGAGACUACAGAGCAUGCUAGAACAGGCAGUCAGUGUGGGAAAACACGUAAAAGGCUACCACUACAUCGUAGCAAACCUGGGGUUUAAAGAUAUUUCUCUGGAAAGGUUCAUGCACGGUGGCGCCAAUGUGACUGGUUUCCAGCUGGUGGACUUCAGCAAGGCUAUCGUCAUUAAACUGAUGCAGCGUUGGAACAAACUCGAUCAAAGGGAAUAUCCUGGAUCAGAGAGCCCACCCAAGUAUACGUCCUCCUUAACUUAUGACGGUGUUCUUGUGAUGGCUGAAGCCUUUCGCACUCUUCGUCGUCAGAAAAUUGACAUAAGUCGACGGGGAAAUGCCGGAGACUGCUUGGCCAAUCCCGCUGCUCCCUGGAAUCAAGGAAUAGACAUGGAACGAGCACUCAAACAGGUGCGCAUUCAAGGCCUGACUGGCAACAUCCAAUUUGAUCACUUUGGUCGGAGAAUCAAUUACACAAUGGAUGUGUUUGAACUGAGGAGCAACGGACCGCGCAAGAUCGGUUACUGGAAUGACAUCGACAAACUUGUCUUGGUCCAGAAUGAAAAUUCCUUGUCCAAUGACAGCUCAGCGAUGGAGAACCGGACAGUAAUUGUGACCACUAUCAUGCCUCUGAUGAAGAAGAAGCCUCUGCUGCGACACUGAAGAAACAAGCGUCUCACUGCAUCUCAACUGAGUCCCGCCUUGGAGAAAGACACAAAGGGGCGUCUCCAAAACCUCGUCAUUCAAACGUGGAUUUCUUUUCUAAUUUUUUUUUUAUUGGCAUGUGUGUGCCCAAUAAUUGUUGAGCAACAUCUUAAGUAUCCAUAUCUAGAAUCUAGCUAUUCAUUCGUGACGAUGUAACUGCGUGUGUGGUAGUCCAGUAUGAGCUUUGUUGCUUUUGAUUUUUUUUUCUUCACAGCAAUCAUUUUGACUGUGUAAAAAAGUAAACACUGUGAGAGAAACAAUUGACAUUUUGUUGACGAUUCAGACACAGUUUGGUAACAAGAGUAUCAUUGUUGGAGGUGUGAGCUUUACAGAAUGGCAUUCAAAGCACGUCGCCGUUGCAUCAACCGACCAAUGAAAUGAGUACGUUAUGGGAACAAUUCUUGAUGAAAAAUUCACGACAAAUAUACGGCCAAAUUCAAAAUGCAUAUUUCAUCAGGAUCUUAACAAAAUUUGCAGCAAUUCCAAUUUCAGGUGGGAACCCCUAUUCAACAUGUCUAGAUGCGAGGUUAUUUGCAUUCGCCUGCAUUACCUUUUGUCCAUCUGAUGUCAAUUUGAAUUUCAGACCAGAAAUCGUUAAUAUCCAAUCUGCAUCAUAUUUCACUUCAUUUUGUGUUUUUUGCAGCGCAGAGAGACACUGGUCCACCCACACACUUCACUCACCAUGGAAAUACAAAUUCAUCAUUGAACACAACCAUGAUUACUGCUAACAAGAGAACUGCUACUUUUAUUGUGCUUUUUGUCAUUUUGUCCCGACUCAUACUUAGUUUACUGCUUUGUGGCUGAGCCUGCUUUAAGGUACCCGAGGGUUAUGUAACGACAUCCUUACUGGAAACAAACAAUAACAGUAAAUAAUGUUUAACAAGGGCAGAACAGGGGAAAAGUUGCUUGCACAGUUAUAGUUUCAAAUUUCAGCCCUUGUGUCGGGUUUACAUUUUCUCUCAGUGCUUGCCGUAGGUUUGCUCCGACUACUGCUGCUUCUCCUAUGACUGGAAUAUGUGCGCGUUCGAUUGAGUUAAACUGUCCAUCGGUGCAUGCCGCAUGUAUGAGGCCGAAGUCGCUCACUUGUAACCUUCAUGAAAGAAAAAAAAAUGUGAUGGGACUUGAGUGGAUGGAUGUUAUAAAUUACGAGCUUUGCCUAAUACUGUAGCGCUCCUCUCCUCAGAUCUAAUUGUGACUGUAAUUGACAAAAGUAGAAACGCAGAACAUCCCAUCAUUUGUUCAUUUGACAGAGGCCUCGCGGUUCAAUAUUAUUCAUCCUUUAUCUUCAUCGCUGAACUCUAUCUUUUUUUCUAAAUCUACUGCCAUGCCUGCGGGUUCAACUUGCCUCCAAUGGAUUUCACUUAUUCAGGGAGGAAGCGUGAAGAUCUAGCCAUUAAAUCAAGGCCAACAUUCCUUCUUUGCCCACUAAACAUAAUUAAAUUUUGAUUUACUUCAUUGUUACUUCCAAAAAAAAAUCCUUUACUUUUUCACCUGAACUUAUGUCAACGUGCUACUUUAUUUAUUAUUUAGCACCAUCAAUGAAACACUGACAAUGGCAAACAACACACCAGAAAAAUUCUGUAGGAAUUUGCCCAAUUUGCCCAUUUACACAGUUUAUCCCGACCCUCCCAAGUCGAUGAUUCAUGCAUGCGUGCCCUUAAGCCACCACAGAAUAAAAAUCAAACACUGCUCAGAAAGGAAAAGUGCGCUUCAGUAGUGAUCAACUGUUCAGUCGCAGGGCGCUUCCCAUCGCGCUUAGCAUGUGGUAGUUGUUUGUAAUAAAAAUACAUUGUAAUGUCUUAUUAAUGUUGUUUUCCUGCCCUUGGUUUUAUGCUCAUUUAAAAAAAAAAAGCUGUUCUGGGGUUUGGGGUGUUUGAAAUUGAAUAUUUGAUAACAUUUGAUGAAACAAUGAAAUUCCACUUUAUGAUACAACAAACAAGAGUUGGAUUACUGCAGUCGCAUUUUGUGCUUUGUUGAAGAAUGUUCAGAAGAAAUUAACAGCAGGAGUAAAAGGAAAGUGUACACAGUCGCGGCCUAUGGAGCGAAAUUCCACUGUAUGUCAAGCUGUCGCAUUAUGCUGCAAUGUACGCAUUCAGCCAGCAACGUUUAUCUCUCUUAUUCUUCAUGAUGGGUUCUUGGAAUCUUUCAAUUCCUACACAAACGGGUUGCUUUCUCAGUGAUAAGAAGAAUGCGUACGUGGCCCUCUUGCAGAGAAUUGCAGUUGACUUGACCAAGCGACACAAAGACUGAGGAGCUAAAUGUUGAAGUGUUUUGCUCUUUUUAUGUCGAGAUAGCUCAGAGACAAUCAUGCCGACUCAUUUGGCCAAUACAUUUGUGGGUGCAUGAUUAUGAGCUGUAAUUUGACUAAUUGGGGCACGAAUGGACCGGUUGUCCUUCUGACAGACUGAAAUAGGCUGUGACCGCUUGGCUCGGCCCUCUGGCUGUCGCAACGGAUGGCUCACGGGCAUAUUUUAUGCCUCGGCCGUUGGUUAUUCAUUUAGCCACAGUCUAGCGUAUUGUAAUGAUGAACUGAUGGUUUGAAUGCGAGUGGACUUUUCACUGUCCAGCUGUUUUCUCGAUGGAGCAAAUUGGCUCAAACAGCAAGUCUGUUUGGCACAUAUCAGGAACCUUUCAUGCCUUAUCAGCGCCAAACAUUUGCUCCUACGAAGCUCAAUUUCAACCCACCAUGUUUUUGUACUGCAUAACCGUUUGGAUCAUUUGUUGUCAAUUAUUUUGUUGCUCCCUCCUUUCCUUUUGUACCUUUCUGCACAUUUGUUUAGGUUUGUUUUUCAACGUUUCCAUCUUUCAGUCUCUGUUUGGACUGAU